AUGAGUUCCAGGAGGAUGAUGACACGCUCCUAUUCUGCCGAUGGAAGAUCCAGCCAUUACAAUGGGGAUGAUGUCAGCGGGAGUGGCUGGUCUGGUGGCCGCAGCUACCUCUCCAAUGUGAGGCCGGAGAAUAGCUACUCAAGUCACAGGUAUUCUCAGUACAGGCCAGCAAGGAGCACACUCUGCAGUAUAAUGGCACAAUUAACUGAGGAAACACAGCCCUUGUUUGAAACAACCCUGAAGUCAAGAGCUGUGUCAGAGAGCUGCAAUGUGAAGUUCACCUGUGUGGUUACAGGACACCCCACCCCUGAGGUUAUUUGGUAUAAAGACGAUGUGCAGUUGGACAGAUACUGUGGACUGCCUAAAUAUGAAAUAUUCCGCAAUGGCCAAACCCAUUCAUUACACAUUUACAACUGCACCGUGGAAGAUGCAGCUAUAUACCAGGCAUCAGCCCGCAACAACAAAGGCAUUGUGUCCUGCUCUGGGGUUUUGGAAGUGGGUGAUAUGAACGAAUUCAAGAUCCACCAGCGGUACUUUGCCAAACUCAAACAAAAGGCUGAGAAGAAACGCAGGGAACUAGAGGGUAAAGAAAACCAGGGGCCUGAGUAUCAGGAUCAACUGCGAACCAUCAGUCCAGACCGUUCACAGAGGAAGCGGCGGUCCCCAAUGGAGCCCUUCCUCAGCAGUCCCAGCUCCACAGAAGACGAAGGGACCGAAGGGAGUCAUCAGGCCCAAACUGUUGAGACUGAGGCCAGGCUACAAGACACCAGUGUGGAAGAAGCAGAGGAGAAGCCAGUCCCUAUCACUAAUGGAGCAGUGUCUCCCAUUACCAAUGGACAGGCCAUCAGUGAAAAUGGCAGCAAAGGAACGACAUACAUAUAUGACUCCGCGCAGAAGAUUUUCAUUGCACAUCAACCCAAAGCACCCUUUGUCAAAAAGAAGAUUAAGAUCUCCACUCUUUCAAAGGUUGAUUCUCUGGCAGACAGAGUGUCUUCUGAAAAAAGGGCAAAUAAUGAGGCCUCAUUGGCCCUGGCUUCAACACAGCUGAAGUCUAAAGGCACUUCAGAAGAAGUUAUGGAAGUAGAGAGCGCUGUUAAUUCAUCACCUUUUGAUUCAGACUCCAUCAAAUUGACAGAACAGAGUCAGAAAUCAGCACAAGAGAAGGCAUUACCUGUCAGCAGUAUGCCUUCAGAACAAGAAAAGGUAUUUGCAAGGAGAAAGGUGGUUGUCCCUCCGCAAACGCCAUCAGCGUUAGAUUCAAACUCCAGAAAAGUGACAGAACAGUGUCAGAAAUCAGCGCAAGAGAAAGCAUUAGCUGUCAACAGUACACCUCAAGAAGAAAAGGUUACACAGGCCCGUACUCUGAUGAACAGGAAUGAUGCACCUGUCAACCUUGAACCACCAACCACCCAGUGCAAGAUGGAUGCACAGUCACCACAGAGGAGUCCACCAGAAAGAGAGACCACAACAGAUGACGACCAAGCCCCUGCUCUGCACAGUCCUGAAAGUGCUUUAUCUGUCGCUGAGGAAUUUUCAAAGACUCUUUCAAAUGACUCUUUAAUUCCUCCAAAUACUGAUGCUAGUCCACUGUUAAGGAGAAGAAAUGGUGCUUCCCCCAUUCCCUCAGCUACCCCACAAGAACUGGCAUCUGGAGCUCGCCGCAAAAUCUUAAUCCCCAAGACUAAAACAGAGGAAACUGAGGCCACCACACCAGCUGAUCAUCAACCUCAGAAGGAGGAAGCAUCUACACAGAGCAGCAAGCUUUCCCCAGACCCUGUAACACUGCCCAUGUCUCCUAGCCUGUCACGACACUCACCUCUACUUCAGCCAAGUGGCGAGCGAACUUCUCCAGUGGAAAGGCGCUCUCCUCUCUUGACCAGGAGGAAGGUGGCCGUUGAUACUCCAGCACCAAACCAACAGGCCACCCAACAGAUCCAGGCACCCAAAACUGAUGAAAAACCUGCAGAGAAAGAAAAGCAUGACCCAUUCAAAGCUCCUCAGGUUAUCAGAAAGAUUAGGGGUGAGUCCUUCUCAGACGCCUCCGGACACUUGAAACUGUGGUGCCAGUUCUUCAACAUUCUCAGCGACUCAUCUAUCAAAUGGUACAGAGAUGAAGUGGAGAUUGCUCAAAUUAAAAGAAAUGCAGGAGAUGAGACUCAGGUUAAUCUAGCCAUCGUUCAGGCAUCAAGCCAAGACUGUGGUGUUUAUGGAUGUACAAUUACAAAUGAGCAUGGGACAGACUCAACGGACUUGCUACUUAGUGUGGAUAUCCUUGCAGGAAUGUCCCUUCGUGAGGAUCUUGGUGUUGGAGAGGAAAUCGAAAUGACACCCUUUAUUUUGAGCAAGGGUGUGGCUGAUUCUGGUGUUUGGGGCAACAAAUUCUUUGGCCGCAUAAUGAUGCAGGAUUCCCAUAUUGGUGACGGCUGUUCUCAUAAAGUCUGGAGGGCAAAAGUAAUCUACGGCCUGGAACCUGUGUUUGAGUCUGGGAACACAUGCAUCAUUAAAGUGCGCAACCCUAUCACCUACAGGGGAAAAGAGGAAAGCAACCUCAUAGAGAGGAACCUGGACAUCACCAAGCAGGAAUGCAGAAUACAGAACUUGGCUCGUGAAUACUGCAAAAUAUUUUCUGCAGAGGCAAGAGUGAUUGAAAACUUCGGCCCAUCUCUUGAGGUGAUUCCUGUUUACCUGAUGUAUCGACCAGCGAACACGGUCCCUCAUGCCACAGUGGAGGCUGAUCUGAAGGGGGUCUAUCUGAGAUACUCUUUUAUGGAUUACUCAGGCAGACUAGUCAUGAGGGCUGGGUCUGAGGUGGAACAAAAGUGCUGUACUCUGCAGCACUGGAUCCAUCAGUGGACCAACGGCAAUCUGCUUCUCACUCGGCUAGAAGGUGUUGACACCAAGAUCACCAAUGUUGGAAUUUCAAUUAAAUCAACAGGGUAUCAGGGUCUGUCUGCCACAGGGAACCCCAAGGUCUUUGAGCAGUUUGUCUCCCAGCACCAGUGUAACUACUUCUGUGGUCUGCUCGGCCUGAGGUCUCUGAAGGCCUUGGACUCUCUGACGAUGCCAGCCAAGCACAAGGGCUCCAGGAGUCCCUUACUUCAACGCAAGAUUGCCACUGGCUCCUCCAGCCCUCAGACUGGCAGGAAAGCUGCUGGCAGCCCCAGAUUGCCCAGGAAGGCUGAACUGGAGGGCCCCGCAAAAACAAAAGGUCCCAAAAGCUAA